CAAGGUGCUAUUGCUCGUAGUAUAGUAGUUUCAUGGAUGAUUGGUGUCUACGACUUUUGUAUAAGGGGGCAACGACACUAGUAUAAUACUUCCAGCUUCUCUACACUGAAAUUUUCUCCUAUGUCUAGCCAUAAUAUCCGAGUAGGGAAAUGGCCGAUCGCUUCUCAUCUUCUUCGCCCAAAAGAGGAUGCAUUUUGGAAUGCGACCAGAGACAAAAAUGGAAGAAACAGAAACAGAAAGAGCGAGGUCACGCUUAUGUAUUGCGCCCUCUAAGCGUUCCCAUGCUCUGUGCAAACAACAUCUGUACUCAAUUACAUAUAAUUCCAGGCAAAAUGUAUACGGUUGGCAGGUCUAAGAGCAGCUGUGAUGUCAUUUUUGAAGACACACGGGUAAGCAGGCAGCACUGCCAACUCUACUGCCAUUCUCUUUCGCUAGGUCGAAAUAAACUCUUCGUUGUUGAUGGAACAAUAUCAGAUAACUAUUUUACGUUGUUUCAGAAUAGUAUGGAACAAAUGCUGUAUUGUUCCACUUGUAAUGAGGAGGAGGUUUCAAUGAUUAAAUGUGCGAAACCUUCGGCGAAUGGGGUGUAUGUGAAUGGAAAGCUAAUGAAGGCGGGACAUUGCAGGGCUUUGUGUGGCGGGGAUGAGGUUUCUUUCGUUUCUCAUCCUUCCCUUCAUCCCACUUUUGGACCAUCUCUUGGCUUUGUGGUGGAGGAGCUGGCGCACUCUGUCAUGCCAGCUUUGAAUAGUGUUAAUGUUAGUGUUCAACAAAGAGUGAAUGAAAGCCAUGAAAUUCAAGAACCAUCUGUUAUAAGUCAAUCCCCUAAAAGUGAGGAUUUGGAAAACACAGGUAUACAGGAUAGCUUAGAUGCAGGGUUUGUGCAAAAAGAUGUAGUGGGAAAGUACGAUCAGGGGAGAAUUGCAUUCGCGCAUGGAAUGUCAGAGAAGAAUCUGUUUAUCGAUACGAAGGUACAAUCUGAAAAAGGAGCAGCAAAUGUUGAUAAACCUGUCAUUGAUAAUAUAUGUGAGAAGGAUUCUUCGGAAUGUGCGGAUAGUAAUGGGCAACAAAAAUUGUCCAUGUCAAAUUGCGAAUGGUUUGAAAUAGAAGAAAAGCGACCUUGUACCAAUGUAACUAAGAAGAAUGCUUUCAGUUACAUAAAGGUUCAAGAAGAAUUCACUGCAGGGAAUAAUUUGAACAGGCUCUCGUCUGAAGCUGCUUUAUGUCCUUCAAAUGAAGAACGGGAAAAGUUUCAUGAGAAUGUCAACAUCAUAUUAACGGGUGAAACGUGUUUAGAAAAACAGGCAUCUUUAAAAGAAAGAAAUAUUGUGCAAGAGUUUUGUCCUUCAAAUGAUGGCAAAAUGACAGAUCGGGAAACUAAUGUCAAGGAGGUUGAUGCAUUAUUGAAGGAGAUACAUACUGAGAUCCACGAGGAAAAAACAAAUUCCGGUGAUGGCAAAAUAAGAGAAGAGGUUAAUGAUUUAGAUAUGGAAGAAAAUGGGUUGUCAAAGGGUUUUUCGAUUAAUGAUCCUGUCCUUACUGGAAAAUCAUUUUGUUUGAAUCGUCUCGAAUUUAUGGAACCAAAUUCAUGGAGACAUCGUGGAACAAUUUCUCUGUGUGAUCUUAUGGUUCCUGUGGAUAGUCUUCAAGGCAUAUUUUGUACAACCUUUUCGAGUGAUAUUCUAUGGUUUUUGACUUAUUGCAGAGUGCCAACUCAUCUACCUGUAACUAUUGUAUGCCACAACACCAAGCGUUGCUGGAGUAGAUGCGAUGACCAACGAUGGUCUAAACCAUAUCCUGAUUGGCCCAAUCUGACAGUCGUAUACCCACUCUUUCCUGAGACAAUUGCCUUUUGUAAAGGUCCACGCCAAGGUGUUGGUUGUCAUCAUUCAAAGAUGUUUCUUUUAUAUCGAAAAGAAAGCCUCCGCCUUGUCAUUACUUCAGCAAAUUUAGGUCCUCGUCAGUGGCUUCAUGUGACAAACACUGUUUGGUGGCAAGAUUUUCCUUUCAGAAGUACAAAGAAUUUUCUAUCCCUGUUUAAAUCUUCAUCAUUUUCUGAAUCGAAGGGUACUGUUGAUGGGGAUUUCGUUGCUCAUUUGGCUGGUUUUAUUGCUACUCUCAUUUCUUGUGUUCCUAGUGAAGCACAUUGGGUUGAAGAACUGACUCAGUAUGAUUUCAGAAAGGCUUCUGCAUAUUUGGUUGCUUCUGUUCCAGGCAUACAUGGAUGUCCUCAUCCUUGUCCUCAGCUUCCUUCGAAAUUCCAACCUGGAUUUUGCCAGUCCAAUAAAGUCUUGUUUCGCUAUGAAAGCUUCUCGGUCGUUGCACUUAAGUCCAGAGGUUGGGUUCUGAGUUGUAGGAAUGUUAGAAGAUUGGGGAAUAGCUCAGACUGUCACAGAUUCUGUGACUGCAACCUAGAUCCUAUUUCAUUCAGUCCCAAGUCCUCAAACUGCACAUCUACCACUACAAAUUGUCUUGGCACUGUACCAACCUCUGUUGUUGGAUUAAGCUUUCAUUUUCGCGCUGCAGCUGAUCCAAAGGGAGAAAGGUUGAAGGCUCUUACAACUCUUCUUAGAAGUUCAAGACCAAAUGUGGAUGGUAUGAUCCCAGUGUUGCUGAGGAGGACUCUUAAUGCGUGUACUGAUGCAAAUGCCAUCAGUGUCAUUGUCUGUGACAUAAAUGGCUCCUCUGAAGAAUUCUUCUUAGAAGAAUUUUCAACUACUCAUAUUCCUAGAAGAUUCUUGGAUUCUAAUAGCGUGAACCUUGGUUUUCUUCCCAAGGAUGUUGCAAAAUGGAUUGCACCUUUAUGGGAUGCUGCUAUUUUCAACUUUGCUGCAUAUGUUUGCCCUCAUGAGGCCCUUGAAACUGCUUCAGGAAGAAGCAACAACAAAGUCAAUCUCAUACUUGAUGUCUUUAUGGGACAGAACUUUUCCCAGCUAUCCGCAAUGUCAAUCUGCAGUAAGCAUAGUGUUUUCAUAUGCAAUCUUCUUGGGUCUUUACAACGCCCUUAUGGACUUUGGCGCCUUCAAGAGGUGCUUUCACAAUACAAAUGGCCUAAUUCCAUGGAGACAGAUUUUAUAUAUGGUUCAUCCUCCAUUGGAAUGUCUCUUGAUGCACGUUUUCUAGCUGCCUUUGCAGCAGCUGCAGGUAGAAAGUCAACUUCAUCUGCAGCAUCUGAUGAGACAGACCCAGAGUGGGGGUGUUGGGAUGCUGAACAUGAAUCAGAAGAUCCAUCAAUUGGAAUUGUGUUUCCUACAAUUGAACGAGUAAAGAGUGGGAAAGACGGGACUCUUCCAUACAGUCGUCUUCUUUGUUUUGCAGAGAGGACAUGGGAGAGACUAAAAUCUGCUAAAUUUCUACAUGAUGCUAUUCCUUACCCAAGAGAAAGAGUUGGCUGUCCAAUGCAUACUAAGGUUGCAAGACGGCGCUUCCAAUAUUGUUCCAGUAAGCCAUCGUUUGGGUGGAUAUAUUGUGGGUCUCACAAUUUUAGCCCUGCUGCAUGGGGGCGUCCUUUGUUUAAACCUACAGAUGGUAAAGCAGCAACAAAUGCUGGUUCAGUAUUAGGUUCAACUCUGCAUAUUUGUAAUUAUGAGAUUGGACUUAUUUUUAUUGUUCCGCCUCCUGAAGACCCAGAUUCUAAUUCAAAGGAUUGUGGAAAUCUGGACAAUAUUACUCUUCCAUUUAUUGUACCAGCACCUAGAUAUAAAGAAUCAGACCAACCAGCAACAAACAAGGCUAUGCAUGAAGCUAGGAUUGAGAUGAUGAAUUUCCAGCAAAUGAAUGAAGCAAACGGUGUAGAAUGUUUGGAGCUAGUCACUGAGGAAGCUUUAAUCGAUGAGGACAUUCCAAUUGAAGAUGCUUAUGAGGAAGGCGUGGCUGAUGGUGGGCAGGAGGAAGAGGAAGAAGAACAAGUGUAUGCAGAAACCCUUUGGAAGCAAAUUGACUGUUGUCAAAGCUGAUCUAGACUGGCUGAUUCUUUCAAUUGUUGGCUUCCAGUUCAUUUAGAGGCCAUUAAAUUGUAGCUUAUUCAUAUCCAAUCUAUUCUUGUCUCUAUUAUUGUAGCAACAAGUGUUAUGCAGGGUCUUGUACACAAUUAACUGCAUCAAAAACAGUGGUCAUUGUAUUGUAGAUUUAAAGGCAGGAGUAACUGUAUCUAUUAAGAAACGGAAUUGAAGUUUAUUGGGACUAUGUUGAACAAUUGUUUAUUGCUAUUGUAUGCCUUGGAGAAUGGAUUUCGUAAGCAUAGAUAAGCUUAAGUGUACUUCCCCCUUCCCUCCUCUCCCCUCUCUUUUUUCCAUGAAAACAGAUUUUACUGGAAUUGAUAUUGACAAUAGAGACCUCCUGACUGAAAUGUUUAUGGAUAUGGAUAUGAAUAUGCAAUCUAUGAUGGAAUCUGUCAUUAGAGCGGGCAUCAGUGUCAUUGAUGAUAGAACCAUUAGAAACACGGCAUAAUUUAAGCUCCCUGCAAUAUCGAGACAUGAAAUGAUUGUGUACAAGGUUUGAUAAAUAGAUUCUUUCUGCUGAAUUCCCAGUUAUAACAGUGACA